GUGUAGGGGGAUGGGGGUGGGGGGUUCGAGCCAGGGUGGGGGUCGGAGGAUGCGGGGAUAGAGCCUCGCGGUCGCUUCCCCUCCUCAGCGCGCCUCCGGAGCGGGGCUGGGCGCCCGGUCCCCAGGGGCCGCCAGGGCUGGCGGGAGGCCGGGAGGAGCGGCUGCCGACGCAUCCGCCGCGCCGCAGGAGGCGGAGCGCUGCACCUGGCGGCGGGUCCUCGGCGCCCAGCCCUGACCCGGGCCAGCCGGAGAGCGGCAGAGGCCCGGGCCGGAGGAGGCGGCAGCGGAGACAAGGUCGCGCUGCCGGCUGCGCUCGGCCCGCAUCCCUCCGCCGCAUCCCGCCCCACCCGCCGCAGCCCCCAGGACGAGAUGGUGCGCGCCGCCCCGACAGGCGCCGCCCUGGCGCCGGCAGCCACCGCCCCGCGCCCGCGGGAGAGGGCUCCGCGCGCCCCGCGCCGCUGAGCGCCGCCGCCGCCCGCAGCAGAUCACCAGUCAAAAUCUGGAAGGUCAUAAACUUUUUGAUGGUGGUGGUAAGCCAUGGCGACAGAUGAUAAAGUUGCCAUCUUAACAGAUGAUGAAGAGGAACAGAAGAGAAAAUAUGUGCUUGCUGAUCCCUUUAAUGGUAUUUCCAGGGAUCCAGAAGCGCCGUCAAAUGAAACCCCCUCCUCCACAGAAACGGCUGCUGUUCCUGAGGAGGAAAUAGACUGGAUGGAGAAGCAUUGUGUUAAAAUAAACAACGAUCUUCUGAUUUCCAAGGUCUUUUAUUUUUUCUUUUACUCUGCAUAUGGCUCUCUUUACCCACUUUUGCCUGUGUACUAUAAACAGCUGGGCAUGUCACCAAGCCAGAGUGGACUGUUAGUAGGUAUUCGAUACUUCAUUGAAUUCUGCAGUGCCCCCUUUUGGGGUGUCAUUGCAGAUCGCUUUAAAAAAGGCAAAAUUGUUCUCCUCUUUUCUCUUUUGUGUUGGGUUUUAUUCAACCUGGGCAUCGGAUUUGUCAAACCUGCUACCUUGAGAUGUGUACCAAAGAUUCCCCCCACUGCUCGCCCCACCAACGCAAGUCAUCUGUUAACUGUCCUGCCAACGAAUGCUUCCCUUCUCUCUUCCAUUACCACGUCACCAAGAAUGCGUGAGAAAAGGAACCUGCCUUCUUCCAGUUGGCCAAUGAUGUUAGAGGCAGAGCCCAAUAUCACGGAAACUGUCAUCUUUUCGACAGCUGCAAACAAGACCAGUGCACCCACUCUGCAGCCUCAAACAGAUGAAAUUACUGACCACGUUAUGGGCUUGACCUCCAACCCAAGCACGGCAACCCCUGCCCACCCAGGAAGUGUAACCAGGGAGAUAACCACUACUGUUGUCACUACCACCAAAUCUUUACCUUCUGACCAAGUCACUCUUGUUUAUGAUCAACAAGAAGUUGAAGCUAUAUUCUUGGUGAUCUUGAUGGUUGUCAUAAUAGGAGAAUUUUUCAGUGCCUCUUCUGUCACAAUUGUGGACACGGUAACACUCCAGUAUCUGGGAAAACACAGAGACCGCUAUGGAUUGCAGCGCAUGUGGGGCUCCCUGGGCUGGGGCCUGGCAAUGCUGUCCGUGGGCAUUGGGAUUGACUACACCCACAUGGAAGUGCUCAUCGAUGGAAAGGGGUGUAAGCCCCCCGAGUACCGAAACUACCAGAUCGUCUUCAUUGUCUUUGGAGUCCUCAUGACCAUGGCCCUGAUUGUUGCUACUCAGUUCCGGUUCCGCUACAACCACUUCAAAAACAAUGAAAAUAAAGGAAAAGAGGUGGAGAUCCCUCAGGUGGAGAGGAACAACUCCACAGAGUCCUCUGAGGAGACCCCAACCACCACAAGUCACUCGCAGGCCUUCAACUUUUGGGACUUAAUCAGACUGCUCUGCAGUGUGCAGUACGGCUCGGUGUUGUUCGUGGCUUGGUUUAUGGGUUUUGGAUACGGCUUCGUGUUCACCUUUCUCUACUGGCACUUGGAAGACCUGAAUGGAACUACAACGCUCUUUGGGGUCUGUUCAGUCCUGAGUCAUGUGUCUGAGCUGACAGCUUAUUUUUUUAGUCACAAGCUUAUUGAAUUGAUCGGCCAUAUCAGGGUUCUGUACAUUGGCCUGGCCUGCAAUACGGCUCGCUAUAUUUAUAUCUCCUACCUGGAAAAUGCCUGGACUGUCCUCCCCAUGGAAGUUCUUCAAGGAGUGACGCACGCCGCCAUCUGGGCAGCAUGCAUUUCUUACCUCAGCGCCGCGGUUCCCCCUGAGCUGAGGACGUCAGCACAGGGCAUCCUGCAAGGCCUUCACCUGGGUUUGGGGAGAGGCUGUGGGGCCAUGAUCGGAGGCGUGUUAGUCAAUUAUUUUGGGGCCGCUGCAACCUUCCGGGGAAUUGGCAUGGCCUGCCUGGUGAUCCUCCUGCUCUUUGCCCUGAUCCAGUGGCUGGCGGUGCCAGAGGAGGAAGAAGACAAGACAAUGUUGGCAGAAAGGAUUCCUGUUCCAUCAAGUCCCGUUCCCAUAGCAACCAUCGACUUGGUACAGCAACAGACGGAAGAUGUCAUGCCACGCAUUGAGCCCAGACUUCCGCCCAAGAAAACCAAGCACCAGGAAGAACAGGAGGAUGUGAACAAGCCAGCCUGGGGGGUCAGCUCCUCUCCCUGGGUGACCUUUGUCUACGCUCUUUACCAAAUUAAAGAGAUGAUGCAGCUAACAAGAGACAACCGGGCUUCUGAGAUACAGCCUUUACAGGGGACCAGUGAGAAUCGGGAAAAUUCUCCAGCUGGAGCCCAGCCUGUCCCAUGUGAGACUCACUCUGACCCAUCUAGAAACCAGCCAUCCCUUCAAGCAGCAGCAUCUCAGACGCAGAGCAACCCCGCUCACCCUAGCGUGGACCAGCGCCCAGAGGAGAGGGAAGACCAGCAGGCUCAGCCUGCCGCAGGAGGACACUGAGGGGUCUUGCUCAUCUCACACCCUGCAUGGAACUGGGCUUCUCUGCCAGGACAGAGGGAGAGGUGCCCGAACCUAGGACACGCCUCGCCUUGAGGAGCAUAGCACCACAUACGCUUCUAAAUACCUGAACUCAUUAACAUGGAAACACACACACACAGGAGCUACAGUACAUGUUGGCAGAAACAGGUAAACUUCCGUGACCCGCUGGACUCAGAGGGAGCUGGAGUUGAGCACGGAUUCUUUGGUUGGUUAGGGUAAGGACUGCAGGACUUCUCUGCCAGGGCAGUAAGACUUGAAACCAGCAGUUACACUAAGUAGGUGGAGGGGAAGAAGUGCUUCAAGGUGAAUGCUGAUGUAAUUUCCCUCUUCUGAUGCUUUAUUCUAAUUAUUUGGUUCUUAAUGCAAACUGAGAAGAAACAGAAUACAUCUAUAAUUUUGUUUCUCUUGAAGAGAGCCAUUUAAAAAAUUAUAAAACAGGUUUAAAAAUUAACCAGAUAAAAGUUAGUAGCAUAUAUGCUUUUGUUUAAAAAAAAAGGAAAAUAUUUCAUCAGAAACUUGGCAUAUCUCUAGCAAGUAUAUUUUUCUAUGUGGAUGGUAUAGAAUGAAAAUAGUCAGUUCUUUGGGCAGCAAAAGCUGUCGUUGACUACUGCAAGCUAAGCUGAGCUUUAAAAUGCCUUUUGUUUUAAAUGGGCUUUAAGACCAGAGGAGAGAAUAUUUCAAAUCAACCAACCAACUCAGUAUCCUGUGGCUUGAUAGAGAAGGGUGUACUAAAUAUAUUGAUACUGUAAAUAGCCUCUAUCACUAUUUACAAUUUUAUAGUGAUUUGGGCUCCAAUUAGCUGAUGGAGUAAAACAAACAAAAAAUCAAUGAGUUCCUAAGGGUUUCCUUAAUUAAGCAGUACUAUUUACAAACAACAGUAUAAGAUUUAAGUGCCUGGGGUGGGGAUACGAUUUUUUAAAAUUACAUAAUGGGUCAGUUUUUGUUUUGUUUUUGGUGAGGGGAAAAGGUGGGGAUUAAGAAACCAGGAAUGGAAAGGACAGGAAUAAGAAGGAACUAUACUUUCCAAUGAGUAAAGAAACAGAUCUCAGUAUAUCCUUUCCCCUGAAGACACGGUCAGACACUGGACAGCUCAGAUAGGGUGUGCCACUGUAAAUAUUACAGCUCCAGUCAGAAUAAUGGUGGGGUGAACCACACAAAGCUGGCUGCUAAAAAUGAAAGCUGAGGUUGGUAGGAAGCCUUGGGGAGGGCUUGGAAAAGGGAACACCGCUUUAGCUGAAUGAGGUCAAGGACAGCACGUACAACAGCUGUGGAUGAGCAAAGGCGAGAGGAAAGAGAAGAACAGAGCUAAAAAUGAGCAACCCACCUUACCCUCUGACCCUGCCUAGACAGGAUCAGUUGUAAAGUGAGGGCUUCUCCAUGACGCCACACUUCUGCCCAAAAGUGCAUCUGGGAGAAGAAGUUCUGCACUUGGACGUUUUGCUUCACCACAAAACACAGCUUAAAAAUAAAAUAACAGGAAGAAAUAGAAUUACGCAAAUAGUUAUUUUUGCACUUGAACUGAAACGUACUGUACUGUAACUUAUCAUGACUCAUUUUAAGUGACCUUUAAAAUCAGAUGUAUUUAUUAUGCUUAUGUAAUUAUAGAAAUAAAGAAAUGGGUGACGGGCUGAACCUCAUCUAUGAAUGUACAGUAUGUGGAUUUGUGAAACUGACUGUAGAAAGUCAAAAACUUACACUGUAUCUUGUGUUUACAGCUCUGAUUUAUUCCUUUGAAAAGCCUGCUGUUUUGGAAAUGCACAGUUGACAUGUUGAAAUAAAAAUAAAUACCAUUUUUAAAUAUUUCUUAAAUGAUAAAGAUGUGACCAAACAAAUAAAAGUCCUUCACUCUGUAAUGAAUGAGACCAAGUUCAACAGGCCUUUGUUAGGAAAUAUCUACCGUGAGAUCUGUUUCAAUAAUGCAGUAAUUUCCAGCCUUUUAAAGUGGGCAGCUUCUUGGUUUUGUGGACUGUGUGACUUUUUCUUCCUGUCCUCAAAGUGCCAUAUGCCAUUUAUAAAAUAUUAAAGUCAAUUCAAAUUAAA